CCACAGGCCGCAAGUUUAUGGCCCCUGGCAGUAGUGUCCGGGCAUACGGUGCAGUGUUAAACCGUUCCUUCAAAAGAGUAAUCAGUCAUCUCCCGGUGCGAUAAGUUUGGUUACCUUUUUUUCUACCCUUUUUGCGACGGCAAAUCCCGGCUGUUGCUUUGUGUACUGAUAAUGAGCUUGUGUGGUGUAUGGAAAUUCGGGGGCCCGUCUUGUACAUAUGGUAGACGCCGCAUCAGCGUGGAACGAUCAGUUCAACACGGGAAGUGAAACACGGCGCAAGUGUGUCUGAAACAAGUGACCUACGGCGGAGAAACAAACCAACCGGUAGCAGCUUGCCAUUUACCAUUUGUGUGUGCGUAGAUCAAACAACGUGUAAAUCAAGUGUCGUGCACGCAGAUCGUAUUGUGCCAGUGAAACGAUUAAAGUGUGCAUAAUGUUGCGUCAAGUGAGCAAGUCUGAUUUGUUGACCAAGCAGUUCGACAAACUGCUGGUACCACUCUUCUCAACACAAUCUCCCACGCCAGCAUCAGGACUUCGUCAAAGUUCAUCGUCUGCACGGACGGUGCCUAUGAACAAUCAUCACUCAUUGUUGACUGGUCGCAACAAGUAUGGACUCGCAAAUAUCAACGAAAUGGCAAAGAACGGAUACGGUCACGCAGCUACGGCGCUGAAAGCCCAACCAAAAUCCCAAGCUGUGUUCGAUCGCGAGGACAAGUUCGGAGCGCACAACUACCAUCCACUGCCGGUGGCACUGGCCCGGGGAGAAGGUGUGUACGUUUGGGACGUCGAAGGCAAGCGGUACUACGACUUCCUGAGCGCAUACUCUGCCGUCAACCAGGGCCACUGUCAUCCAAAGAUCGUGCAAGCCUUAACGGAACAGGCACAAGUGUUGACUCUUACCUCCAGAGCUUUCUACUCGAACGUGCUUGGCGAGUAUGAACAGUUUGUGACCAAUCUGUUCGGGUACGACAAGGUGCUGCCGAUGAAUACGGGCGUCGAGGGAGGCGAGACGGCCUGCAAACUGGCCCGCAAGUGGGGCUAUAAGGUGAAACAGAUUCCCGAAAACAAGGCCAAAAUCAUCUUCGCCGAGGGCAACUUCUGGGGCCGCACGCUGGCCGCCGUGUCGUCAUCGAAUGAUCCUAGCAGCUACGCCGGGUUCGGACCGUUCAUGCCUGGGUUCGAGCUGAUACCGUACAAUGACACAGCCGCUCUCGAGCAAGCCUUACAGGACCCGCACGUGUGUGCGUUUAUGGUGGAGCCAAUACAGGGCGAGGCGGGUGUAGUCGUGCCGGACGAAGGCUACCUGCGCAAGGUGCGCGAGCUUUGCUCCAAGUACAACGUGCUGUUUAUUGCGGAUGAGGUACAGACGGGCUUGGCCCGUACGGGACGCAUGCUGGCCGUCGAUCACGAGGACGUGAAGCCGGACAUUCUCAUCCUCGGCAAGGCUCUCUCCGGUGGCGUGUAUCCCGUGUCGGCUGUUCUUGCCAACGAUCCGGUAAUGCUGUGCAUUCAACCAGGCGAGCACGGCUCAACGUACGGAGGCAAUCCGCUCGGUUGUAAGGUGGCCAUCGCUGCGCUGCAAGUGUUGGUGGAGGAAAAACUUUCCGAAAACGCCGAACGUAUGGGUCAGCUUUUGCGCAGCUCGUUGCGCGAGCUGCCCACGGACGUCGUGUCAAUCGUACGUGGCAAGGGGCUGUUGAACGCGAUCGUUAUCAAUCCUAACUUUGAUGCGUGGGAAGUGUGUUUGCGGUUGAAGGAAAAUGGAUUGAUUGCAAAACCUACGCAUGGGGACAUUAUACGGUUCGCGCCACCUUUGACGAUCAACCAGGAGCAGCUGGAGGAUUGUUUGCACAUUAUCAAAACGACGAUUAUGUCGUUUGUGAAAAAGUAAUCGUGCUUGGAAAUAACAGGAGGAUCGCGUCAUGAAACAUUUAUAUAGGUUCGUUUCAUUGCUUUCAUACACAACAAAGAUAGAGCUCAUAUGAUAUUGUUUAGAGAUGUAAGAUAAGCCAUAAUAAAAUUAAGUGUAAAUGAAAA